AUGGGAAAUUCUACCCUCUUCCUUCUGUACAUCUUCCCUCUGCUCACUGGAAAUCACAUGCGACCUAUAGAUUUGGUUCUCAGUCAACUACUUUUGGCCAACUUAAUAGUUUUGUUGUCUAAGGGUAUACCACAGACAUUGAUAGCAUUGGGAUGGAAAUGUUUCCUGAGUGAUACAAGUUGCAAACUUGUCUUCUACUGGUAUAGAGUUGGCAGUGGGGUGUCAGUCAGCACUGCCUGUCUCUUCAAUGGCUUCCAGGCCAUAAAGCUCAAACCCAGAAUGUGUAGGUGGAUUGCACUCAAAAUACAAUCCAAAGAGGUCAUUGGCUACUGCUGUCUCUUGAACUCAUUCCUACAUCUCCUCAUGAAUGUAUUUCUUCCAUUUCUAGUGAAUGGUCCUUUGAAUGAGAGAAAUGCCAGUGUAGAAAGCAAUGGUGGUUAUUGCUCCUGGACAAUACCUGCUGGAUGUGUCUUCCUAUGUAAUCUCUUAUACUUUUCCCCUGAUAUGAUAAGUUUGAUUUUCAUGUCCUGGGCUAGCAUAUUGGCGAUUGUUGUGCUUCACAGACAUAAGCAAAGAGUCCAGCACAUUCACACAUACAGCUUCUCCUCUAGUGUUUCCCAUGAAGACAGAGCAACAUGUAGAAUUCUGAUCCUGGUGUGUUUCUUUACAGCCUUCUAUUCUGUCUAUCUUAGUUUGAUCCUUUGGAUGAUUCUUGCUGAAAAACGUGGCCAGUGGGUAGUGAACAGCUCUGUCCUGCUGUUAUCUUGUUUUCCAGCAUUCAGCCCCUAUGUGCUCAUUCUCACUGACACCAGGAUCUCGCGGGUCUGUUUUGCCUGCAGAACAUGA